AUGCCGGAGGGGACUUCAAAGAGCACUACUGCUUCAAAAAAGGGCUUUAAGAAUAAAGCCAUGGUUAAAACUCAGGAGAAAGAAAGGAAGAAGCGCAAAAGAUGCCGGAAAGAGAGCUACUCUAUUUACAUCUACAAGGUGUUGAAGCAGGUCUAUCCUGACACUGGUAUUUCUUCGCAAGCCAUGAGUAUUGUAAACUCUUUUGUCAACGACAUCUUCGAGCGCAUCGCAGGCGAGGCGUCGCGCCUGGCGCAUUACAACAAGCGCUCGACCAUCACGUCCAGGGAGAUCCAGACGGCCGUGCGCCUGCUGCUGCCCGGGGAGCUGGCCAAGCACGCCGUGUCCGAGGGCACCAAGGCCGUCGCCAAGUACACCAGCUCCAAGUAA